CACACCACAACCCCAACAAAAACAACAUCAUACCAUCAAACCAAAACUGUGACUUAAUUAAAAGCAUAUAUCACACACCAAACAUGUCUCAAGAACAACCAAGGCGCGGUGGUACAGACCAAGAGCAACCAAGGCGCGGUGGCGCAGACCAAGAGCAACCAAGGAACGGUGGCGCAGAGCAAGAGAAACCACAACAACAGCCAAUCAAGUACGGCGAUGUGUUCUCAGUGUCUAAGAAGAUUGCCAAUGAGCCCAUAGCACCAUUAGACGCUGCUGCCAUGCAGUCAGCUGAGAAUCAAGUGAUGGGCCAAACCCAAAAAGGUAGUCCGGCUUCCCUUAUGCAAUCGGCCGCCACCAAGAACGUCCAAGCCGGAGUCACCCCUCAAGGUGGCGCCACCGAUGUUGGGAAGAACCAAGGGAUGACUGUUACUGAGAGUAUAGUUGGUGGUCAGCGUAUCAUUACCGAGUCUAUUGGUGAUCAGGUGGUAGCCAGAUAUGCUGACAAAAAUCCAAACCCAACCCAAGCCAAAAUGGUAGCUCCACCAUCAGCAGUAGACCGCGAUGCAGUGACCAUAGGAGAAGCCCUGGAGGCAUCUGCAAUAUCCGCUGGGGACAAGCCAAUAACACAGACUGAUGCCGCCGCCAUUCAGGCUGCGGAGAUGCGCGUCACUGGCGCCGGUUACAUUCCCCCUGGUGGCAUUGGAGCGGAGGCUCAAUCCGCCGCCACGAGGAAUGAACAAAUCAAGUCUGAUCAAAACAAGAUCACUCUUGGAGAUGUCCUUACGGAUGCAGCAACAAAACUGUCGGAUUAUGACAAACCAGCAACAGUUCAAGAUGCGGAGAGGGUGAUAGCAGCGGAGAUGAGAAACAACCCGAAUUUGGAAACCGAAGUUGGUGGAGUCGGUGAAUCGGUGGCGGCAGCAGCAAGGCUAAACCAACAGAAGUUCAAGAAGUGAGUGAGUACGCGUUGUACGACUGUGUACAUAAGCAUCGACAACUAUGUAAAACAAGUUUAAUCAAGCAUAUAAGCCGGGUUUUUGGAGCGGCGUUAAGAGGUAAAUCCGUAUAUAGGUCAGUUUUUGAAGGGGUGUUAAUAGGUAAAUCUGGAUGUAAGUUUGUUUUUGGAAGUGGUUUUAAGUUGUCAACAGGUAAAUCCGUAUGUAGGUUGGUUUUUGGAGGGGUGCUAAAUAGAUGCAGACUACUAGUACUAAUUAGCUAGCUAUAAAUCUUUCCUUGAGGAAUGGGUGUGAUUAUCAUGUACAAGUAAUCUCUCUUUUAAUCUAAUUCCUAGCUUUGUGUA